AUGGCGGCAGGCCUGGUAGCUGCAGCAGGCCACGUGGCAGGUGGGGACGCUGACGUGGUGCACGAGGUGUUUGACGCCCUGCCCUUCCACUUCGUCCGAUCGCUGCUGGAAGAAUCAGUCGGGGAGAGCCUCGAGCCAAUGCAAGAGACAGCAGCACUGGCACCAACGCAGGAUCUACCAACAUCAGCGUCAACACCAGGACCAGCAGCAGGAGCAGCAGCAGCAGCAGCAGCAGCAGCAGCAGCAGCAGCAGCAGCAGCAGCAGCAGCAGCAGCAGCAGCAGCAGCAGCAGCAGCAGCAGCAGCAGCAGCAGCAGCAGCAGCAGCAGCAGCAGCAGCAGCAGCAGCAGCAGCAGGAGCAGCAGCAGCAGCAGCAGCAGCAGCAGCAGCAGCAGCAGCAGCAGCAGCAGCAGCAGCAGCAGCAGCAGCAGCAGCAGCAGCAGCAGCAGCAGUAGCAGCAGCAGCAGCAGGAGCAGCAGCAGCAGGACCAGCAGCAGCAGGAGCAGCAGCAGCAGGAGCAGCAGCAGCAGGAGCAGCAGCAGCAGGACCAGCAGCAGCAGGAGCAGCAGCAGCAGCAGCAGUGUCUGUACUCGUGGUGGUCACUCAGCAACCGGAACUGGCCUGUCUGCCUCCUGUGCUGCACCUGCUAGAGCCUCUCAGCCAGAUUAUCCUUCACGGGCGGACAGUGACUCUCGUCCGAGACGCUUGCCUAUGUGUGCUGGCGGUGGCGCGGGGAUCAGAAGCAGGCAUGCGGGCGUGCAGGGAGCAAGGCGUGCUUGGAGUGGCUGCCCGCUCUCUUACUUCCAUCACAGACCCUUCCUGUUCAUCUCUUGCAAUGCUAAGCGUUCUGGUCAAUGCUGCAUCUCCCCUCGAUAUCUCCCAUCACGGAGACUCGCUUGCUGCUGCUGUGCCAGCCCUAGCAAGGCAGCUAGCAUCAAGCCAAGACAGCAGCAGCAAGCACAAGAUAGUCACCCUGCUGCUCGCCCUGCUCUCGACAACUCAACAACAACAACAACAGAACCUGCGCCCUUCAUUGCCUAGCGCUACUCAAAGCACCGCUGAGCAGGAGCAGGGAAUGGUUCAGCAGGGCUUGAAAAGCCUUGAGCCUUUAGUUGCGGGUCGAGCGUGGGCGGCAGACCUUCGGGGUGGCAUUCAGAGCAUUCUCUCUUCCACCACUGUAUCAAAUGAGAGUCAGCAAGACGCUUUUCACCUGGCUCAUGUGGUUACCAGCAUUCUUGGAGAUUCCUGGCUCGCUGGGCUUCCUGAAAACACACCUGAAGAUACCUCUGACUCUGGCACUUCUGAAAAUGCUCUGGAUUACGGGUUUGUGCUGGCUCUCAUGCGAACAGCCAAGCAGGAAAUUCCUGGCCUUCUCGACACCCUAGCUCCUAUGGAGGAGGAUGCAGGAGGUGCGGAGGAUGCCGGACCUCCGGAUGAGGUUCGGCAGGCACAGCAGCGGCUGGAUCGGGGUGGUGUGGGCAGGAGGGGUGGUGUCCGAGUGGCAGGGGCGUGCCUGGCUGCUGCGCCCUCGGCUCAUAGAAAGAGGGCUGGGCAGCUGCUGGGGUUCGUGCUGGGAGUCACAGGCGCGCAGGAGGAAAGGAAGAGGGCUGGUCGGCUGCUGGGGUUCGUGCUGGCAGUCACAGGCGCGCAGGAGGAAAGGAAGAGGGCUGGUCGGCUGCUGGGGUUCGUGCUGGCAUUCACAGGCGCGCAGGAGGAAAGGGGUGGUGUGGGCAGGAGGGGUGGUGUCCGAGUGGCAGGGGCGUGUCUGGCUGCUGCGCCCUCGGCUCAUAGAAAGAGGGCUGGGCAGCUGCUGGGGUUCGUGCUGGGAGUCACAGGCGCGCAGGAGGAAAGGAAGAGGGCUGGGCGGCUGCUGGGGUUCGUGCUGGCAGUCACAGGUGCAGAGGAGGAAAGGGGUGGUGUGGGCAGGAGGGGUGGUGUCCGAGUGGCAGGGGCGUGCCUGGCUGCUGCGCCCUCGGCUCACCGCAAGAGGGCUGGGCGGCUGCUGGGGUUCCUGCUGGCAGUCACAGGCGCGCAGGAGGAAAGGUCGGCUGCUGGGGUUCGUGCUGGCAGUCACAGGUGCAGAGGAGGAAAGGUGAGUGGGGGACAAGCAGGGGGGUGGUUGCAUAGACUCGCUGCUGCACUGCUGCGCCCUCGGCUCACAGGAAGCGGGUUGGACGGCUGCUGGGGAGUGGUGGUGUGGGGAGGCGGUGGGGGCGUGUGUGCGUUUGCUUUUGAGUCGACUCAAACACAGCAGCAGGAGUGGUGGGGUGGGGAGGCGGUGCUGGCAUGUGUGCGCGUGGCAGGGGCGUGCCUGGCUGCUGCGCCCUCGGCUCACCGCAAGAGGGCCGGGCGGCUGCUGGGGUUCCUUCUGGGAGUCACAGGCGCGCAGGAGGAAAGGCCACUCCUAGCUGUGCAGUACAUGCUUCCUGCAUUGGUGCACAUCACCAGUGAGCCACGUGGCUGCACAUCAUUGGUCAAGAGAGGAGGCCACAUCCAUCUAAUAGACUACAUGGUCGAAACCGCCCGCACCAACAUGCAUCACCAGCUGCGGUCGGGACCCGAGGGGCAGACCAGCCUCAUGCAGGCUGCUGACGUCAUCCUCAACAUCUUCGCUUGUCGGAAGCAAAUGCGAGUGCCCUUGGAUCCACACGACUUUGUGCCGCUGCUGCCUGCCAUGGCCGGAUGGAGCAGCGUGAAAGGCAACGACCCACGAACAACCUACAAGACCCUGGCACUAGCAGCGUGUGUGAACGCAUCAAUCCUCGAGCUCUCGUGUGAGGACGUGGUGAAGAAGCGACUAGACCUGGCGACCUACAAGAAGCUGCCCAACUCGUUCGGCGUCAUUGUCAAGUUUCUCGAGUUCGGCCACCGAAAUAGCACAUCAUUCAGUAGCGAGACGGAAAUCAAGGAACUCUGGGACAUCACUGUCGCAUCAUGCACGGAGUGCCUGCCCCUGUGGCCCCAGCUGAAGCGAGCCAUGGUCAAGUCGGAGUAUUGGGGCAAGGUGUCGCGAAACAAGCUGGUAACCCGGGAGCGGCUGAACCAGGUGUGCAAGGAUGCGAGGCUGAGGGAGCUGCUGGCAGUGGUGGCCUUCAGCCCGUGA